CGGAAUCCCCUACUCCCCUACAGCCCGGAGUGAGGGAAAGAAAGGGAGACAGAGGUGUUGAACAGAACCAGAACCGUGGACAACAGAAGUCAAGACUGCUUCAGUCUGAAAAGAGAGAGAGAGAGCGAGAGAGAAAGAUUGGCAUUUGUCCUGUCUGUCUCACAACAGGGAACAGCGGUUUACUGUUACGGCAGCAGCAGAAACGCGGACACAACUGCACAGAAUGUCUAAACAGCCGUCGACCAAUGUCAAAGCCCUGCAGGCCAACCUUAAUAUUCCAAUGGGGGCUCUGCGUCCUGGGGCGGGACAUCCUGUGAAGAGGAGAGAAGAUACAGUAGACACAGAGGAGCCAUCCCCAGUCACUCCAGAGGAGAAAAAGCCCCUGCCCGGUGCUGUGAAACUACCGGGCCCCGCCGUGAACCUCUCCGAGAUCCAGAAUGUAAAAAGUGAACUCAAAUGGGUCACCAAAGACUAAACAACACAGGUGACUCCACCCCCAUUUGAUCCAAGGCUUUGGUUACGGUCUCCAUCCAAUCAGAUUCGUGUAUUUAACACAAAACCCCAGAGAAUCGGUCGCAACGGAAUCAUUGGCAAGCCUUAAUGAUGACACUACCAACUGACCUGAGAAUGAAGAAAGGGGGUGGAUUCUAUCGAUGCAAAGACUGAUGGGAAUUGAGCAAUUCAAAGCUCUGAACCAUGUUUUUGUCUGUCAAAAAAUAGGUCAUCACUGUUUAAACCACCCAGCGUCGUAUUCUGUAUUUUGCGUUUAAAAAUGUUCUGUGUGCUUAACUUAAAGGGAUAGUUUACCCAAAAUGAAAAUUCUGUCAUUUACUCACCCUCAUGAGUAAACUAUCCUUUUACGUUUGAUUUUAUAGUAGUUCUGUAUUCUCCUACUACCAUCAAUGAGUCAUAAAACAGAAUAUAUGAGACUGAAGGCAUUGAUUCAUCUUAAAGUUCCUCCAUUCUUCAGCCAGAUUCUGUCUUAACGCGUUAAAAUGUGACACCAUAAAAUCAAUGUUCUUGAAACAUUUUACAUCUAGAAUGAUUAUUAUGCAAAUAAUUGCGUCAAAUUGUUUUAAUUAAUCAGAAAGUCAUGGAUUUAAUUUGAUUAGUUUU